UUGAAAAUUCUGGCAAUAUAAAUUAUAUGGUUGGCAAAGCCAUUUUAAUACCAAAGAAUGACAAAGUUGAAAAAAUCUUUGACCUGAUUAUAAAUCAGCUUCCAGGUGAAGUUUACACAUAUUACAGUACAGACUCUGUAGGUUUAAAGGAUGGUAAU